AUGCAAUCCAUAGACCCUAUCAACCUUAUAGUCCAUAAGAUACAAGACCAGUUGUUUUAUCUGUGUGCAUACCCAGCUGGAUAUCCAGCCAUUUCAGGAUCACCAGCAGUGAACAAGCAGAUCCCUUGGCACAAUCUGCCACUUGUCCACAACUCAAAACCUACUUUUCACACAUUCCAGCCACCGACUACUACCCCCACUUCAAAACUUUCCUCUAUAACCGUCAGCAAUCUUUCUGCCCUGUCGAUAGCAAUCCGCAUGGUGAAUCCAAUAAAAACCCCAGCCCCAAGUUUAAAGAUAGUCCUAAACAAUGCUGGUGAAGCACACAGUGUAUACUACUGCCACCUUUGUGGUUGUGAGUAUCAAGUCAAGUAUAAUCUACAGAAGCACUUAGCAACUAGGCAUACAGAGGAGAGAGAUGCUGUACCUGAAGAAGUGAUGCAGUGCAAUGUCUGCUCAGCUUUAUUCUACUCCAAGAGAGCAUAUGAGGCACACAAUCACCAUCAUCGUGAGAGUGACCUAUAUGCCACCAAUGAAGAAAUGAGGCAACAAGUUGUCCAGAGAAUUGACCAAGACUUUGACCAAAGGCGAGUCCCCACAACAGUUGAGCGUUAUCUCUCUGCAUCUGCAAUAAGCUCCAAUCGUUCAGCCACAUGGCGCAACAUCAGGGCCGCUAAAAGAAGUCAAGAAAUAAUACAAACUUCUCCAAUAUGUGAAGCAACCCAGGAGAAGGAGAUACCUCUGGCAGCCACAGAAAUGAGAAUAGUUUAGUUCAUAAUAAAACCAGAUAUCAGUGCCAUGAGUAACACCAUGGGCACGGAGCCUCCCAAUGUGGUUGAUUGCUUCUUACAGGAGAGUGACUCAUGCUGGGAAUCACAAGGACAGGUUAACAGAAAAAGACUGAUUGAUGAUGGAGAAGAAGACCAGGAGAUCAGCAGACUUGGAACUGUGAACCCUGAUACAGUAAUGCCAAAUCCUGGUAUGAUACUAGGGCAAAGUAAUGAAGACCUAGGGAGCAAUAAUGAAAAACCGCAGGAGACAAAAGUAAGGACUGAAAAGACUCAAGAGUUUGAAAAUGAUACUGAGAAGCAGGACCAAUCUGAAAUGGCAGGAGAAAAGGACAUAAGUCAGAGUAAAGGAGAUAGUAAUGACAGUGAAGAGAGUGAUGGAGAUCUGGUGGUGGAGAAAAUAGUGGGAAUGCGAAAAGCUAUAAAUGGCAGAGAAUUCCUAGUAAGAUGGCAGGGAUUUGAGCCUGCAGACGACACCUGGGAGAGGGAAGAGUUCUUGAAUUGUGGAAAUCUUAUAUCUGAUUUCCUCAAGAACAGAAAGCUAGAUGUUUCAUCAUCUGCCACAGGGGAAAACCGAUGGGCGGGGGUUAGAAGCACCAAUAGAAUGGAUGAGGCUCCAAAGGGAAAAAAGCGGAAAGAGCAGAAGGCAAAGGAGCAUAAGAAACAUAUGAGUUUACUGCAGGUAUUGAUAGCUAUGUCGUUGUGCUUCAAUUUAGAGUUUCAAUCUCUAUAA